GCUGGUCACCAUACCAGAGCUCCUUAUAAAAAUAUACAUGUAAGUAAGUGUGUUAUCUGGAUUAAUGCAUACCACACAUUACUUCUUUGGAAAGUAGUACUUAUAUACGAACAACAACAUCGUGACUGUUGCAUGAUUUGUGUGUAUUUGGCAUCUGCACAGGGCAUCCGUAAUUAUAUGUACACACAUAUGUAUAUAUAUUGAAAGUACUGGGUUGCUGUGAAACAAACAGCUGUCUUCUUAUAUAAGCAAAUCAAAAAUAAAUGUCACAAAUUCAAAAUAUAUGUAAUUACUCCUCUUCACUUGCAUCUUCCUUCAAUAAGAAUAUAGAAAAACGAUCUCGCACAAUCAGCCAAGAAUCAUUGCAAGAAUGUGCAGUGUGUGGAGACAUAGCGGUUUGUCAGCACUAUGGUGUAAGAACCUGUGAGGGGUGUAAGGGAUUUUUUAAACGAACAGUACAAAAAAAAUCAAAAUAUGUUUGUCUAUCGAAUCAGUCAUGUCCUGUUGAUAGACGUCGACGUAAUAGAUGCCAGUUUUGUCGCUUCCAAAAAUGUUUGGGAGUAGGCAUGGUAAAGGAGGUAGUUCGAACCGAUUCACUUAGAGGACGUCGCGGAAGACUACCAACGAAACAGAAGGACAAUGACUAUUUUGGCAUAUAUCACAAUUUAUCAUUAAUAUCAACACUAGUUAAUAGUCAUAAGGAUACAACACCCGAUAUGUCUUGUUUGGACUAUGCAACAUAUUCAGAACCGCCAUAUGUAAGCUCGCCACUCAUCGUAAGAGAAUCAGAAAAUGUUCGAAAAUUUUACCUAAUAUUGAACAGCUCAGUAAAAAGGAUUGAGCAGUUUAUUUAUAGAAUACCCGGCUUCAGUGAAUUGUGUGAAGCCGAUCAGGAAUUGCUUUUUCAAUCAGCUUCAUUAGAAAUGUUUGUUUUGAGAUUAUCAUAUCGUACCAAUUCCAACGACUCGAAUAUAAUUUUUUGUAAUGGUAUGAUAAUGCAUAAGACUCAAUGUGAAAGAGUUUUUGGAGAUUGGCUCUUUAACAUUUUGGAGUUUAGUAAACAAUUAAAAAACUUAGAGAUGGAUAUUACUUCUUUCGUCUGUUUAUGUGCACUCGCUGUUAUGACAGCUUGCACAGGCGGACAGAGAUACGGUUACCCGGAUUUCAACUUGUCUAGCCAUCCUGAUAUUUAA